GCAAUAAUACCAUAAAAGAAGAAAAUACUUCGUUUGGAAAGAACAAUCAAUCUUAAGGCUUGGCGCUGCAGGGAUGUCGGGCCUAAAGCUGAUCUCUGCAAGUGACACCCGGUAUUCAGGAACGGUGCUAAAGUCGAUGAAUAGACAGCGAAAUAAUGGAUUGUUCUGCGAUGUCACCAUAAUUAUACAGGACCGUAAAUUUAGAGCACACAAAAACAUCUUGUCCGCGUCAAGUACUUAUUUCCACCAACUCUUCUCAGUGGCUGGACAGGUGAUCGAGUUGAAUUUCAUCAAGGCGGAAAUCUUUGAGGAAAUCCUGAAUUACAUUUACAGUUCCAAGAUUGUCCGUGUUCGCUCCGACAUGCUCAAUGAGCUCAUCAAUGCUGGGCAGGUGUUGGGCGUGAAGUUCAUUGCGAAUCUAGGCGUACCGCUCUCACAAGUCAAGGGUCUACCUGGCCUGUCCAAAGACACAGAAAUCAAUGAAGUAAGCUCCGUGGAGAAAAGCAGUACAGACUCAAUGGGGAUGAUGAUGCCCAUUGUCACCGAGUCCUUUUCACUGUCUGCAGAGGAGUUCAGUCAAACUGACAAAAGUGCAAACAAGGAUCAGGACUCGGACGAUGACGACAUUAUGUUUGUAUCCAAAACGGACGCCACCAAGAAAUGCAAGCCCUGCGAAAUCAUCGAUUUGGAUGGACCCAAUACAGAGGAAGACUCUGUGACAAAGCAACCGGGAGAGGUCAGACCCGCUUUGACAAAGGACCAAGAGAAAACAGUCAAAGCAGCCCCGCACCUCAACAGCUCCUCGCAGACCUUGCGAGGCCAAAGUUCUCUGAUCAGACCCAUGGUGUCCCCUGACACAAGCUCAAAUAUUCCGUCUUUACCCACUGGAGCCUCCUCUUGCAGCACACCCACUACGCCGGCUAGAAUUGGCACUUUCACCCCCGAACCCAUCAGCACCACCCUGCCCUCAGAAAACCACAAGAUAAUAGGAAUCCACAAGAAGCAGGUUACACUAGCUCGACAGAGUGACUUAAAAAUCAAGCUCUCGGCCGUUAAGUCACCUGGCGGAUUCAUCAACGAGGCAGGCCUCAACAUUCCCCAAAUAUCCGCAACCACAAAAAAGACGAUAACACUAGAUAAAGCCUCAGAGAUCGACUCGUUUUCUCCAGGCUGCAAGGUGUAUGCCAAUAUUGGGGAGAACACAUAUGACAUUGUUCCCAUGAAGGACGACCCCGGGGAGGGAGAUUCUAAAAACAGUAGAGGGGGAAAGAGGUCUCUGAUGGCUACCCCUCUUCAACCUUUCAACACCUCUCAACUUUCACAGGGUGCCACGAUCAAGAAGACCAAAACAGAGCAGCAAGAUCACUACGAGCUCAUCAUGGACGGGAAGACUUUCUUUGUGUGCAUGGUCUGCAAGCGUCCCUACGUGUGCUUGACGAGCCUCCGGCGCCACUUCAACACCCACUCCUGGGAGAAGAAGUACCCAUGCCACUACUGUGACAAGGUGUUUGCCCUGGCCGAGUAUCGGACCAAACACGAGAUCCACCACACAGGCGAGCGGAGGUACCAGUGCCUGCUGUGCAACGAGAUGUUAAUCAACUACCAGCUACUGUCGACUCACUGCAAACAAGCCCACAACCAGGACCCAUCCGGGAGGAAACAAAAGGACGACACCGACAACAACUUGUACCGCCUGCUCCCUUGCAAAACAGUGCAGUUCAAGACCUACUCAUAUGAGACAGACGAUUCAGAUUCACGAGGGGUCCCUAUUAUCCAAGAGGAUGGGAGCGUCCAGCACAUUAACCCUGGAAGGGGGCACCUGGCCAACCCACUACAGUUACAGUCCACCCAGGGCAAGAUGUUGAACUGGGAUGACAUCUUUGUGGAGCCUGAAGCACAGCCUGGAUCAGGUGCCCACCGACCAGGGAGCCACCCUAUCCAACCUCCCCCAGGCUCUUCUGAGUUUGAGUUUGUCAUACCAGAGACGUACUGAGCAGGUUGGCUCACCGCUCUGUGAUCUAUGCCUUGUCAGUGGGUCCCCCUAUUUGAAUUUGGUUUCCUGGGUCCACGUCGAAUGUUGUCUUUUUCAAAUGUUCAACAGUUGUACUGAACAAACAACUGUACUGAACAAAAAUAUAAACAUACAAACAUUUCAAAUAUUGUACUGAGUUACAGUUCAUAUAAGGAAAUCAAUCAAUUGAAAUAAA